UUUUUCUCAUACACGCUCUCUCUCUCUCUGAUGUCUCGGAAACCAAACCAAACCAAAAAUUGCUAAAAUCAAUUUGAAAUUUUGAAUUGAAGGGCUUUGUAGCAGAAGACGAACAUUCAAAAAUGGCGGAGAAGAGCAACACCAGCAGGAAGCCACAGAGCCUAAACGACAGCCAUUAUCGCCUCCUCCAAGAACUUUCAGCCCCUCCCAAACCCACUUUCAAAACCUCCUCUGAGGAGGAAGAUGAGGAAGAGAUGGGGGACGAUCGAAAUCCGACGAAGGUAAAGAUCGAAGGAAGACGCCGACUCUGCAAAGCUGCGUCUAAAGAAAAUAGUCACACUGAUCUUAGUCUUCCUCAUUUUUCAUUUAUCACCGACUUUGAUUCUUCUCCUGAGCAAGAAAAGCCCAUAAAGGUUAAAAUAGAGGGUAGACGCCGACUCUGCAAGCUUUCAUCCCGGGAUGGUAAUGGUAAUACGGAGGAAAGAGCUGUGGUUCAUGAGGAUAAGUCCUCCUAUAUUACUGAUUUCAAUUCACCUCCAGCUCCGACACGAAAUUUGAACAAGGGUGAUGAUGAUAAUGGUGGUGGGAAUGAAAUUAGAGAUAUUCUAGAUAAUUUGAGCUCAAAGCUAGAGUUGCUGUCAAUUGAGAAGAGGAGGGAUAUGAAAAAGGCUGACCCUGAAGGUAAUUCUUCGACUUUGGUUAAGAGUAAAGAAAUUGAUCAGCAGAAAGUUGAAUUUCCUGAGUAUGCGAGUGCAGAAUCUUCAUUCUCUUUUGCCUCUGAAUCAUCUGAUCCUUCAUUAGAUGUGACUAAGAAUGCUGGGGGCAGUAUUCAAUGUGUGGUUGAUGAUUGUGAAGAGGACAGUGAGUCUGUGGAUGUGAAAUUCGGCAAAGAUGAAUCCAGACAGGUGGGUGAGAAAUUACUAUCUGUUGGACAUACUUUUGUGUCUAGAACUGAAGGAGGGGGAGGAGGUGGAGAUGUUGAUGAUGAAGAUGAUUGUAAGGUUUUGAAUAGAAAAAAAUUCGUUAAAAAAGUGGGGAGGCAGGACAGUAAAUUGAAGAAGUACUAUGAUUUGGGCGAGGUCGAUGUGUUGGAUAAUUUUACAGAGGAUUCUGUUUUGGAGGAUGAAAAAACUAUAACUCUGAGUGGCCUAAAAUACACUUACAAGUUGCCCGGUGACAUUGCAACAAUGUUGUAUCCUCAUCAACGUGAUGGCAUAAGGUGGCUAUGGUCUUUGCAUUGUCAGGGUAAGGGUGGAAUCUUAGGUGAUGACAUGGGUUUGGGAAAAACAAUGCAGAUUUGUGGAUUUUUAGCUGGACUGUUUCAUUCACGUUUGAUUAAGAGGGCACUGAUUGUGGCCCCAAAAACAUUACUUGACCAUUGGCUUAAAGAAUUAUCAGCUGUGGGUCUAUCUGAGAAGACAAGGGAAUAUUUUGGGACUUCUGCAAAACUGCGACAAUAUGAGCUUCAAUAUAUACUUCAGGACAAAGGCAUUCUUCUCACAACUUAUGAUAUUGUGCGGAAUAACUCAAAAUCUUUGCGAGGGGACUACUAUUUUGAUGAUGAUAAAAAUGAGGACGGCGUGACAUGGGAUUAUAUGAUACUUGAUGAGGGGCACCUCAUAAAGAAUCCUAGUACGCAAAGAGCCAAAAGUUUGCUUGAAAUACCAAGUGCUCAUCGUAUCAUCAUCAGUGGUACACCUAUACAGAACAAUCUUAAGGAGUUGUGGGCUUUAUUCAACUUCUGCUGCCCUGAUCUUCUUGGUGACAAACAAUGGUUCAAAGAAAACUUUGAGAAUGCAAUUCUUCGUGGAAAUGAAAAAAAGGCUUCAGAUAGGGACAAGCGUAUUGGUUCAGAAGCUGCAAAAGGACUUAGAGAACGCAUUAAACCUUAUUUUUUGCGUCGCUUGAAGAAUGAAGUAUUCACUGAAGAUGCUGAUGACAAAAAUCCAAAACUUUCUAAGAAGAGUGAGAUAAUUGUGUGGCUAAGAUUGACUAGCUGUCAGCGAAAACUUUAUGAAGCUUUUUUGAAGAGUGAGUUGGUUCUUUCAGCUUUUGAUGGCUCUCCAUUGGCUGCACUUACGAUCUUGAAGAAAAUAUGUGAUCAUCCACUUCUAUUGACAAAGCGAGCUGCUGAAGAUGUACUAGAAGGGAUGGAUUCAAUGCUACAGCAAGAAGAUGUUUAUGUAGCAGAGAGAUUAGCAAUGCACAUAGCAGAUGUUGCUGAGAAAGAUGAAUUGGAGGAAAAUCAUGAAACUGUUUCAUGCAAAAUAUCUUUCAUAAUGUCGUUAUUGGAUGACUUAAUUCCAAAGGGGCAUAGUAUUCUUAUCUUUUCUCAAACUCGCAAGAUGCUGAAUCUCAUUCAGGAUUCUAUAGUAUCCAAUGCCUAUGAGUUCUUACGCAUUGAUGGUACCACAAAAGCUAGUGACAGAUUGAAGAUUGUUAAUGAUUUCCAAGAUGGUAUUGGCGCUUCCAUAUUCCUCUUAACCUCUCAAGUUGGUGGUCUGGGCCUCACGCUUACUAGAGCAGAUCGUGUAAUUGUGGUUGAUCCUGCAUGGAAUCCAAGUACGGAUAAUCAAAGUGUCGAUCGUGCAUAUAGGAUUGGACAAACGAAGGAUGUUCUUGUAUAUAGGUUAAUGACAAGUGGAACUGUUGAGGAGAAAAUCUAUAGAAAACAGGUAUUCAAAGGGGGUUUGUUUAAAACAGCAACUGAGCAGAAAGAACAAAUCCGAUAUUUUAGCCAACAGGAUCUACGGGACCUUUUCAGUAUUCCGGCACAGGGUUUUGAUGUAUCCCUUACUCAACAGCAAUUGUAUGAGGAGCAUGAUUGCCAGUACUUGAUGGACGAAUCCUUAAAAUCCCAUAUAAAAUUCUUGCAAAGCCUUGGAAUAGCAGGAGUAAGUCAUCACAGUCUACUCUUCUCCAAGACAGCACCUGUACAUGUGCAGGAUGAUGAGGAAGUGAUUAGGAAACCCAGGGCUACCUUCUAUGGUACUUCAUCAAGUUAUGCAGUUGAACAGAGUGUUAAUGGAGCGGAGUAUGCUUUCAAGCCAAAGGAUGUAAAAUCAGAGAAGAAAGUUACAUCCCCAGAUAGUGUUGGUAAAUUAACUGAGUCAGAGAUUAAAGAAAGAAUCAAUCGGCUAUCUAUAACUCUUGCAAAUAAGGCCAUGGUUUCAAGAUUACCAGAUAAGGGAGUGAAGAUCCAAAAGCAAAUUGAAGAACUAAAUGCUGAGCUUUAUAGAACUAAGAUGGCAAAAGAAAAUAAAGUCAUUGAUUUGGAUGAUAUUACAGGUGAAAUUGAAAGAGUUCUGAAAGUAUAGUUUUUUUGUUUUGCUGAACAAUAAAAAUGAGUAAAGGAAGAGCAUUAUAGGUCCCUUCAUGAUUUUGUAAAUAUGAAAAUACAAAAUUGGCAAGGUUUGUAUAAGGUGGAUUAUCGGAGUUCACCUUUAAUUUUGUUUUGGCUGUCUAAUUGGCAAGAUUUGCCAUCUUUGGAAUCUUUACAUUUCGUAGAGAGCCAAGGGACUUUCUUUUAUUAGUCAGUAUAUGCUAUAUGGGAUGAAAAAUCUUCAUUUUGUUAUGUAGGAAAGAAUUGAAUAACUGUUUGAUUUAGAAUUGAAUUGUUUAUGAUUUAUGGGUGGGUUCUGUUCACGGGGAUGAAAAUCUUGAUAAUGUUAGUCAAGAAUUGUAAUUGGAAGUUGUAAUACAUAUAUAUUGCAAAUUUAUCAUCAGCAAAAGUUGUGAUU